CUCUCUUGUGUAGUGAUUGAGUAAUGUUUCUUGCACAUUUUGUAUACAUAAAAUAUAUUAAUUUUUUUUUUUUAAAAAAAAAAAUGUACUAGACAUACUUUGUACACAAAUUAUGCAACAAACAUAACGUAGUCAGAGAGCCAGCCCUAGAGAGAAGAAGAAGAAAGAAGAGAGGCGUUUGAGGAGGAGGGUCCCUCCCCCCAAAGGUGCUUCAUUUCUAGUCCUUCUAGGGCUAUGGAGGUUUUUUGUUUUCCCCUUGCUUAGAUCCAAUUGAGCUUUUGUUUUCCUAGUCCUUCUAAGGCUACGAAGCUUUAUGUUUUUUCUUGUUUUUGAUUUCUUCAAGCAAGAAGGCUAACACAAGGCGUCCCGUAGGGAAGCGGCCUUUCCGUUUGUGUCGCCGACGAAAGUUUGGCUGAGCUUUCUUCUUCUACAUCUACUUUUGAGGCCAAAUUUAUGUUUUUUCGCCAGUUUCUGCAAAACAAUGGCAAUUUUUCUUUUGAUGUCGGCUUGUGUUGGUGCUUUCUGUAGUUGUUUUUUUUUCUCUGUUUUUUUAGAGUAGUUUUUGAAAGGUUGUCUGUUAAAUUUGUAGAUUUUACUGGAUAUUUUAUAGCUUGUUAGCUAGAUCAGCCAUAUUUUAUUUGUUAUGGGUGCUUUAUUGUUAAAGAAUAGUUUAAACAUCUGUCAUUAUAAUAUUUGUUUAUUUGUAGGCAGCAUCCAAGUUAGAUUUUUUUAGCUUAAUGUGUAAGGUAUUAAUGUGCCUCUAUUCACUAUAUUUGCCUUCGGACCACUUCAAAUUAAUGCAAGAUAACUUCAAUUAUUUUGUUAAAAAAACAAAUUAUUGAAAAAAAACAUUACUCAUAGCUAUUAUAUGGAGGUUUUGGCAUACGCUAGCGUGUGGGAUACGACAGCACCACUUGGUCCAGCUUCUUGAAUCCUGCUCGAAAUUGCAUCCUCUAUCAUUAUUCCACGUGUAUUCCCUGUUCCUUCAUGUUCCCCCUCCACUCUGCCCGUCUCCUCGCUUCUGAAGACUUCAUUUGAAAGUCCACUUGGAAUCUGGGGCUUAACCCAAUAAGCUCUACAGCUUUUUGCAUUGGAGGCCUUGAAAACCAUGGAGAUACUUGUGCUAUAAGUAGUUGUUCUUUUUGGUAGUUUGAGAAGCAACGAGCAAAUAAUGGAGCGCUAUGAGAUACUGAAAGAAAUUGGGUCAGGGAACUUUGGGGUGGCAAAGCUGGUGAGGGAUAAAUGGAGUGGUGAGCUCUACGCUGUCAAGUAUAUUGAGAGAGGCCAAAAGAUUAAUGAACAUGUGCAGAGGGAGAUAGUGAAUCACAGGUCUCUGAAGCAUCCUAAUAUAAUAAGAUUUAAGGAGGUGAUGCUAACACCAACUCAUCUAGCCAUAGUCAUGGAAUAUGCUCCUGGAGGAGAACUAUUUGGAAGAAUAUGCAAUGCUGGUAGAUUCAGCGAGGAUGAGGCAAGAUAUUUCUUUCAACAACUUAUUUCUGGAGUUAGUUACUGCCAUUCCAUGCAAAUUUGUCACAGAGAUCUGAAGCUGGAAAACACACUUAUAGAUGGAAGCUCUGCACCAAGACUCAAAAUAUGUGAUUUUGGCUAUUCCAAGUCAUCGGUGUUACAUUCCCAGCCCAAAUCAACUGUAGGAACACCAGCUUAUAUUGCACCAGAGGUCUUGGCAAAGAAGGAAUAUGAUGGGAAAAUUGCAGAUGUUUGGUCUUGUGGGGUCACCUUAUAUGUCAUGCUGGUCGGAGCUUAUCCCUUUGAAGACCCAGAAGAUCCAAGAAAUUUUAGAGAAACACUUAAGAGGAUUCUUAGUGUCCACUACUCAAUUCCAGACUAUAUUCGUAUCUCCAUGGAAUGUAGACAUCUUUUAUCUCGAAUUUUUGUAGCUAACCCUGAAAAGAGAAUAAGUAUCCCAGAAAUAAAGAAGCACCCCUGGUUCUUAAAAAACUUGCCCGUAGAGUUCAUGGAUGAAAAUGAAGGUGGGUUGCAAGAUGAUCACGAAGAGAGUGAUUCAGCACAAAGUAUUGAAGAAAUACUGUCCAUAAUUCAAGAGGCUGGGAAAGCAGGUGAGGGGCUCAAUGUUGGUGGGAGCAUUGUUGGGGGCAGCAUGGAUCUUGACGAGAUAGAAGCAGAUGGUGACAUGGAUGAUAUCGAGACAAGCGGGGAUUAUGUCUGUGCAGUAUGAACUUAAGAUAAGUCACGCUUUCAUGGUCAGAGGGAAUCAUAUUAUUGCUUAGUGGGUGAUGCUGAUUGCCUUUGGAAGCUGCCUGGCAUUGUCUGUGUAUAAAGAUUAAAGAGAAUCAGGUUAUGCAUAUUUCCUUUUUUUUCUUUUUCUUUUUCUUUUUCUUUUUCUUUUUUUUUUUUUUAAAAAAAAAAUGCAUAAAUAAAAAAUUGUAGCUUGUAAAAUUCUUAGUUCUUCUGUUUCUUGUUAUCUCUAAGUUGUGCUUAAUUAACAGAAAACUUGUUGACCUGAGAGUUCUUAUUUAAAUGGCACUUUUUGAUCUC